AUGGUAACCCUAGCUGAAGAACUCGCCCAAUCGAGGAGACUGGCGGAAAUCGCCCUAAGGAAGGGGGAGUCUGGUCCGAGUACCAGAAACAGGUCUCAAAAUUGUGAGGAGACAGGAACGAAUGAUCAAGAACAUGUGGACUAUACUCACGUGGAAGAAGAAGACCCUGAUGAAGACGACCCAAGAAACGACUUCAAUGACCCACUAGAUGACGAGGAGGACAACGUUUCCGAUGCAAGCGCUAUAUCAGCGAGAACAUCCCAAAAGAGGUUCUUACCUGACGGAGUCGAGAGAUUGCCGAGGAGUGAUCCAACAGAGGAUGGGGUACAGAGCGAGGUGGUAAUCAACGCGAGGAGAGAUCUUGAUCAAGGUAAGAUCAUAGACUACUCACAUGAACAAUCCCACUGUCCAAACCCCCACUCCCCAUAUCCACUUCCUAGUCCCAACCCCUUAUCCAACCCCUCCGUCCUACCCAAGAACUCCUAA